AUGGCCCAAAGAAAAAUUCCCACCUUACCACCAACAUCUAAUCCAGGGAGAAACCUGCCUCUCAAACAAAAUGGGUCCAUUCCAAGUGUACCACAGACUCAAAGCCCUGCUAUGAAAAGAAACUCUGAUAAUUCAGUUCCCUGUGGAAAAAUACCCACUUUGCCUAUGAAACCCAGUGUGGGGAAGAAUGGUCAGGUGACAAUGUCAGAGAAACAACCCAUUUCUCCAAGCUUGUACCGACAUCCUCAGAAGAAGGAAAAAAUUGAUGCAAUGGUGAAGGCCGCAUACAAUAAUAAGGGAAAUAGUGACUCUGUUAAGGUAAUCAGGCUUUCUUGUAUCUGCCAAAUUUUGUGCAUCUGUAACUUUUUACAAUUUCAGUUUAAUUGUCAAUAUGCUUGGCAAAGAGAAUGUGGAUAAUGUACAACCAAUUCUUAGUUUUACAGACCUUUUACAAAACAAGUUAAAAAUAGACACAGGGCAAAAAAUUGAACAUUAGAUUUUGGGUAUGUGUGUAUUAUAAAAUGAAGUAGAGUAUUGCACAUUUUUAUGUGGCCCAGCUAUCACCACAGAGCUAAGAAAGCCUUUUUCUUCCUCCAUAGGAUUUUGGAGCCAGUGAAAGAGGAAAAAUAUCAGUUCAAUCAAGCAAGAGUCAGGCUGCAGGAAACAGAGAUAAAAAAGAAACUCUUGAUGCUCGUAUUUGGGAUGAAGAUGAUGUGGAUUCAGUGAAGGUAAUGUUGUCAAAUGUUAACUGAUAAGUGUAAAUGAACAUGAUUGUAUUUUGUAUCAAAGAAAUAAAGUUGUUUUUUUUUAUAUUUGGGGAAAAUGUUGUUGCUGUUGCAUUAUUAUCUAAUCAAGACAUCGAACCCACUUUUAUUUUGUAGGAUUUUACAGGAAAUGAUCGCCAGAAGGAAGCAAAGUAUAUGGAGCGUACUGAUGAGGCAAUUUAUCAGCGAGCUGCAGAAGAACACAUUCGGAGACCGCCUCUUUGGCAUGAUGACGAGGUAGAUUCUGUCAGGGUAGGUACUGGUCAAAUGUAGUCCUUCUUAUGCUUGGAAUAAAUUUAAAAAUCCAUGGUGGAAGAUAUACAAUAGAAACUGUAGUUCUUUUACACUGUUCUUAAUGUGAUAAUGUAUUUUUUGAUGUAGUUUUUCCCACUCCUCUUGGUUUUAAGUUCUUUAAACAUGGUGAAGAUCCUGUGGGAAAAAAAACUUGAUUAUUAUUGCUAAGAAUACAUCCAUUGUGCUACGUCUCUUCAAAACUUCAUUUCCCUUUUUCACCAUUAUAGAAGCACAUUACCUGUAACUCCAGAAGAGUAUUUUCUAAUUUUGAAACAUUAUCCCUCAGGAUUUCAGCCGUGUGUCUGGAAAACAAGAACCUCCAUCAGGUUUAGCUAGUCAGCAACUGAGUAGGCUUCCUUCAGAUGAGCACAUAUGUCUUUCUCCCCCCUGGAAUGAAGAAGAUGAUGGACCUGUCAGGGUGGGUACAUUGAAUAUACAGUACAUUCUCUACACAGGUGUGCAUGUGACUAACAUUUUAGUCUUAUUAGAUGUACUAUAUGGGCAUGUGUGAGGGGCAGUGAGUCACUAUUUUGUGUGAAUGAGAACUUAACUGGAAUUAUUACUUAGUGAGAUUGAAACUUUGAUUUAUCUUUCCAAUCCUCAGCCAUUUUAUGGUUCCAAAAUAUUGUCAGAGGCGACUUGAGUUUGAUUCAGGAUUUUUUUAUUGUAACUUUGUGCAUAACUGUUUUUUUUUUAAGACAACAGCAGUAACAUGAAGUCAAAAUCUUUAUUUCCUUCAGCCAUUUGUGACAGAAGAACCAGUUGCAAAGAACUUUAGCAUCAAUAACAUGGUGAUAGAGGAACGUAUGAGACAAGGACAGCCUCCCCCUUGGCAUGAGGAAGAUGAGAGAGAUUCUACCAAGGUAGAUACAUAUUUGUACUGCAUUCCAAAAGUAAAGUUAUUCAGAUUACUGAAAGAAUUGUCAACUUGAAUAUUAUAUGUACAUGCAGAUAUAUUUCACAGAAACUCACUCAGCUGUGCAAGUUAAUGGGGACAUUCUUAUUUUGCUCUGCUUUGCUUCCUGGUUUAGCUCCAUGGUUACUGUGGGCGACUAGCGACAGAUUCUAUUUCUUUUUCUAUAAUUUGAUACGCUGCACAUUACAGAUGUUGUUGUUUUCACUUUGAUAUUCAUGCACAUGGUUUUAAACCGUUUCUCUGGUUUGUUGACUGUAACUUUAUCGACGUUUGAUAAUCAGUUGCCUGCAUAUAGAGAGAGCCAGCAGUCCGUAUGGAUUUAACUUGAUGUUUGGGGUUAAUUUUUUUUGUUUUACCUGCUGUAGGACUUUGCUGCCCAAUAUCGUAAAGCAAGAUCAAUGGAAAACUCGCGCCGUCCUUCAGAAGAAAACAUUUAUCUGACUCCACCUUGGAUGGAGGAUGAUCGCCAGUCUUGUGGGGUGAGUACCUUCAAUUGUCCACUUUGUAGGGAAUUAAUAUUUGACAAACAACUAAUUAUUUUGCCAACCUGUGCUUGACUGUGCCCACUAAGUGCUGGUAUCUAAUUUGCUGCUGUGAUUUAUGAUUUACAAACACCAUAGUUCAUCCUCUAAACGCAGUUAUCAGUUUAAUCGAGGCACUUGAAUUUUAUAACAUCUGCAAAAGGAUCGGCAGUAUUUUAAAACUGGUUCUGCUUUUUUCGAUUAUAUAGAUAAGUGAUUCCAAGCAAAUCUUGCGAUUUUUUUUAGACAUUUAGGACCUCAAGAUGAAUUUGUUGUGAUUCAGUUUUAUCCUUGGUUCAGUGAUGGUUAAUUUUUUGUUGCUUUUAAGUUCUUUUAACGCACUAUUAAAAGCACAUAGGAUAAAUCCAAAUUUUAAACGAACGAUGAGUUUGAGAGAGAGUAUGUUAAUAAGUUUUACCCUCAAUCAGCUGUAAGGAGCUAUUGCCGAUAGUUAAAAACUUAUAAACUCAACAAUGUUUCAGCGUAUUUAUGUAAUGCUGCUGUUAAAAAUCUCACAGGGUCGGACCGGAUCAGAUCAUUCUUCAAACCGAUCGUACAGAAUGACCCUGGAAGAACAGCGAGCUAUUCAAGAGGAGGUCAGAAGCACAGGAAUCGCAGAGGCAAGCGAUAAAGUGCAAGUUCUCCGCGAUGAAAAAGCCGCCGAGAAAACUGUUCAAGGAGUCGGACCACCUGUCCCGGGAGAUAGUGGAUUUUGUAGCGAGCAGGACCAGCAUGCACAGCAAGGACAAGGUAUUCAGGCGCUUUACGUUUACCCUUUUUCGUUACCAGGAAGAAUAGUGGCACAACUGUAAGGGUGAUGAAAAUCAAGUCGGAGAAAUUUUUUUUCGAUCGUGUCAUCAGACCGUCAUCAAAUUUUAAAGCCACUAAUUCGAAUCCAACAAGAGAAUCACAGGGAACACGAUUACAUCUUUCUAAACAUCUAACAAAACAAAUUUAACCAUUUAGCAAAUACAUGUGCUUUGAUAUCGAUUCAUUAAGAGGACCAUCGUUGGAAUAAAACGAUCAAAUAUCCACUGUGAAGUCUUGUCUAAAUGCAUCAGUCAUGCUUUGUGAAAAAAUUGCCAGUGUUGUUUUAAUGUACUAAUGUGACUUGUUCCUCCACAGGACCCCCAGCUGAUGGUGUAACGAGUGAAGCUAUGCCACAGGGCGAUCCACUAAUUACCAAAGACAUCGUUAUCGUGGAGCCCCCGCAGGAAAAACAAACUCUUACUCAAGCCCAGGUCUCUAGUAAAGUUAUGGCGGAUACUUACAAGCCAGUCGCUUUGAAUCCAGCUGACGAUAGCAGGCUAGUCAAUCAACCGUUACCUAGCAACAGGGAUAGGCCGAGCAGAUGCACUGCUCCACGUGAAGUGAGAAGUGGCCAAAACGAGAGAAACCAUGGCGGCGUCGAAGGAGGAAACCAUAAUCGGGGCAUCGCCAGAAGCAUCAGUCAGUCGAGUUUGGAAGCCAUGUGUUAUUCACCGCAUGACGCUUUGGACGGCAUGGAGACGUCCAGCCUGGUCAGUUUCGCCAGCACCGCGGCCACUCACCACGACCUUGACACCCGAAUCGACAUGGUACAGUCUCUUUUGUCCAUGCUAGGAACACAUGACAAAGAUGACAUGUCACGAACUCUGUUGGCGAUGUCAAACAGCAAGGACAGUUGUGCAGCCAUGAGGCAAUCAGGAUGUUUACCGCUUCUUAUUGAUCUGCUCCACGGUAAAGACUUUACGGACAAAAAUUCGCGCCGUGAGGCUCGCGCGCGUGCUGGACUCGCUUUGCAUAACAUUGUCUACUCCAACGUGGAAGAUAGGCGUGGUCGUCGCGAGAUACGAGUUCUAAGACUGCUGGAAAUAGCGCGUGCGCACUGUGAUGUUGUGCAGUUUAAAGGUUUAGCAGUACACCCCUGUGCGGAACGUUGGUAUCCACCUCUGAGGGAAUAUGGGCCAGGUCCGGCCAUUGCUGCCCUUAUGAAGCUUUCGUUUGAAGAAGAUCAUCGCACGGCCAUUUGCGAACUCGGUGGCCUUCAAGCUAUCGCUGAACUCGUGCAGAUCGAUCACCAGGUGAAUGGACAGUGCAAAGACUUCUACAGCAUCAGUCUUCGUAAAUAUGCAGGCAUGACAAUUACCAAUCUUACUUUCGGUAAUACGAAGAAUAAGAGCUUGUUGUGCGGGAUCCCAGGUGCUGUAGACGCCAUUAUCGCUCAGCUGAACACCAUUGAAGAAGAAGAGAUUAUUCAAGUUUCUGCAAGUGUACUUAGAAACCUGUCUUGGAGAGCGGAUGAAUUUUGCCGCAAGACUCUUCGCGAAGCUGGUGCAGUGAAAGCGUUGUUGGCAGCGGCCCAAUCAUUACAGGGCGAACCCGCCCUGAGAACAACCCUCAGUGCUCUUUGGAACCUGUCAGCUCAUUGCUCGGAUAACAAGGCAGAGAUUUGUGCGGCACCAGGCGCCCUGAAUUUCUUCGUCAGGUGUCUCAACUACUCGAGUCCCUCUGGUAACAUUUCCGUGGUAGAGAGCAGCGGAGGAAUUUUGAGGAAUCUUUCGUCACACAUUGCCGUGCGUCCCGACUAUCGUAAAACCCUCAGGGAUUGCGGCUGCUUUCAGAUAAUGCUCACUCAACUACGUUCGCCAAGCCUAAGAGUCGUCAGUAAUGUGUGUGGUGCCUUGUGGAACCUGUCGGCUCGGUGCGUCGAGGAUCAGGAGCUCCUUUGGGAGCUCGGUGCUGUGUCUCUGUUCAAGUCGCUUAUCAAUUCGAAGCACAAAGCCAUUGCCCAGGCCUCAGCUGCAGCCUUACGAAAUUUGAUGGCUGUGAAGCCAGGAAGUUCUACUGAUAACGAGUCAACAUCAUCCCGUGCAGCCAGACACUAUCGCAGUAUGCCUGCGAAUAUGCGAUCAGCAGAGGCACAAGCUAGAAUUAAAAGUGAUCCAGCUAGAGUGUUAAACAGUUCUUCGAGAACUCAGUCUCCAAUACCCCAAGGCCAGGCUACCCAGCCUCCACUUUCCACGCGUCAAGCUGCAAAGCAAGAUCACGAAGCUUCCUCUCACCCUGCAAAUAAUGUCCAACAAUGUCCGCUACACCCCCAUGGCCUUGUCUCUAAACAGACGGAAGACUUCAGAUCGCAGCCUUCCUACUCCGCCGGUCAGGCUGGUAUCGUCUCAGUCACAAGGCAAGAUGUUGAUGCCGCGUCACGUGUACAGCAGUCUAGGAAAAAGAAAGUUGGAUCUUCUGCCUCUCUCGCUCACUCGAGCUCAAGCUCCAACCAUGGCGUUGUCCAGGAUGUCGAGCCCAGUCCUUCCCUCCUACGGAGCAGAUCAGAUGUUGGUCCCAGGGCUCUGGCCGGUAGACAACGGAGAGCUAAGGCACGAGGCGUUGACGCUAACAGUGUGGGCAGCGGAGCCUCUCUGGAGGGAAGACAUGCUGCAAAUUUUAAAUGGAAUCACAGCAAUGAUUCACUGGCUAAGUAUCGUCGCCAACCUCGCCGAGAUGCCUCCGUGAGGCAGAAUUACGAACGGCCUGAUGUCGAUCCCCGUCAUAGUGGACAAGCUACCGAAAAGCGCCAACACACUCGUUCUUCGAGCGACGGCUGUGUGGUAAUACCUCUAUUGUGUGACUCGUACCCUUUACAUGUAUCACACAAACCCAAGAGAGACACAUCAAGAGACAAGGGUUCUGGAGAGGCGUCUGUGAUAUCCAAGAUCAGAAGUGUGGUACAGAAAAACUUUGAAGGAGGAGGCGGACACCCUCAGCAGUCAGUAUCUCAGCAGGGAGAGACUACUUCCAUGGUUUCCCCGUCUACAGUUAAAAGACUCAACCAGUGGGCUGAGGCAUGUCCUGGAGAGACUUACGAGAUGACAGAGUUUGGGCUACAGGAGGAGAACUCCUCGAAAAUACGUCAAGCGGUAAAGCAGCCCGGUACCUCGGAUCAAAUCUUCGCAAACAUUGCGCGAUCUGAUCAGAAGCACUCAACACAGAAGUUCAAAUCCUACCGUGACUCAGACAGUGACGCAGAUACGGAGAUCGCUAUCGAAGGUGAACGAAACCUGUUCGGUCACCCUCGGAAAGUAAUAGGUUAUUUCGAGGUGGAAAAUGCUUGGAUUCAAAAACCAACAUUCGAGGCUAAUCCAUCUCGUUCAGCGGACACGGAGAGCGUUGCUUCAUCAACUUGCAGCUGUGACCCAGUGGAGAAUGUCUGGAUUCGUCGUCCAGACGCCCAAAGCUCUACAAAAGGUAAUUGUGGGAAGUGUAAUCGCAGUCGAGCCGUUAAGAAUUCGGAAAAAAAUAUUCCUAAGAAACAGAUGGUGAAAAGUAGACGAGAUUCGACUGACUCUCCAAUAUCCAGCCCCAGCUUGCAUCGUGUGUUCAAGAGCACGUCAGGGCGCGAACAGAAAAAGAAUUCUGAUCCAAGUAAAAGAGGGGUCAAAGUUACGUCGCUGUAA